AUUUAAUUAUAUGAUGAACAGUUCUCCGUACUUUAUGAAUUCAAUGCCUAUAACCAGUCAGCCACCGGUGACUUUACCUUCUGCUCAAAUGCCUAAACCAAUUGGAACUGAUGCUGCAGUAGAAGAAACAAAUUCUGAAAAUACUCCUGUUUCCAACGUAACUGUUCAGCCUCCGCCUCCACCACCACCGCCACCAUCUUCAACUCCAUCUCCUAGCAGUGAAAAUAAUAAUUUCUGUAAUGGUAGUUCAAAACAAGCUCCUGGAAGUGGUGGAAUCAAAUUUACUCUUCCGAAAAAGAAGAUACAAAACAAAAAUUUUCAGUCUAAUCGAGAAGUUGCUCAAGAAAGAAUAAAUAAUUUUAGAAGUUACACGGAAAGCUCUUCUGCGAAUACUGAAGAAGAUGCAAAUGUGCCAUUACAUCCAAAUAUAUUGCAACAAAAAUCUGUGUCUACAAUGGCACAGGACUCAUGGCCACCAUCUCUGAAGAAUUAUGUUAAUGAAUGCUUUAGAAAAUGUAAAAAUGAUUUUGAUAAAGACCAAGUGGAAAUAAUUCUUAAAGGAAAGUUAAUCCGAGCAUAUAAUGAUGGCAUAAUAUAUACUAAAGAUUGGGACUUGGAACCAUUGCCUAGUAUUCACAGCGAAAGAAUGGAAAUAGAACAAAAUACAUCUUCCACUGUAAAAAAUCAACAUUCAAAAAUGAAUUCUAACUCCAAGGCUAAUUUUCAGCAUAGAAACAGGAACUACUCAUACCGUUCAAGAUCAAGGUCUCAUUCUAGAUCUUAUUCACGUUCUCGAUCUAGAUCAAGAUCUAGAACACCUCCACGGAAGGUUGUCAGAAGGAAAAGGCAUUCCAGUUCAUCUGAUUCUAGUGAUGAUAGUAGAGGCUCACGAAGGACUUUAAGUUCUAGUAUAAUUGGGCCAGCUGAUCUUCGGAAUUCUAGAAAUAAUAAUUUUUCAAAAAACAAAAAGAAAAAGAAGAAAGGAAAUAAGAUGUCUUUUACUGUUGAUCCAGAAUAUACAACAGAUGAACGUCUAUUGAAAAGAGCAGCUCGUUUUGAAGUGAAAACAAAAAGGAGGCCUAAUGAUCUUGUUUUUACUAUUUCUAAUCCAUUUGUAAUAGAUGAAUCGGGUGCUGAUAUUGAAUGGGGAUCAGAUGCUAUUAUAGGAACUUGUCUGGAUUUGGAGAAACCAUUUUUACGUUUGACAGGCGCUGUUGAUCCUGCAAGUGUUCGUCCAGUUGAAGUGCUAAUGAAGUCAUUAACCAUGGUGAAAAAACACUGGGUUGAAAACCAAGAUUAUCAUUUUGUUUGCGAGCAGUUAAAAUCUAUAAGGCAAGAUCUGGUGGUUCAGUGCAUUCGGAACAGUUUUACAGUACAGGUCUAUGAGACACAUGCCCGUAUUGCUUUGGAAAAGGGUGAUCAUACAGAGUUCAAUCAAUGUCAGUCCCAGCUUAAAGCUUUGUAUCAAGAAGUUGAUGAAGGCAACAGAUUAGAAUUUACUGGAUAUCAUAUUUUAUACACCAUCUAUACUGAAAAUACAUUAGAAAUGAAAAACAUACUUGCUGAGCUUCAGCCAGAUGAUAAAUCUGAUGAGGUGGUAUCUCAUGCAAUUAAAAUUGCUAAAACAUGGUCUAGUAAUAAUUAUCAUAGAUUUUUUAAGCUUUAUAUAUCUGCUCCUAAGAUGUCAGCUUUUAUUAUUGACUGGUUUAUUGAAAGGAUACGAAAAGCAGCUCUUAAAGCCAUAAUCAAAUCAUUUCGUCCAAACUUACCUGUAUCUCAUAUUCAAAGUGCUUUAGCAUUUCCUUCAACAGAGGAGUGUAUGGCAUUUUUAACAAAGGCCAACCUAAUUUUUGUGGACUCUGGUAUCAUCAACUGCAAAGAAUCUAUGGUUCCUCUGGCAAACUUCUAAAAGUUCCUUCUCAGUCAUGAGGUGCCAGCUACAUCAUCCCUGCUGUGUCAUGCCAGGUGAUAGGGUUGAGGUAGCAGAUAACUUUUCAAAUUCCCCAUUUGCAAUGUCAGCAAAGUUGUAGAAAUUUUAUGGAAAUUAAUAUUUUGCUGUAAAGGAAAAUGUAAAGGUUUUGUUAUAUAUCUGAGCAAAUAAUAAAAAUUAAAGAAAUUUAUAUAUAUGUUGUUUAAAGAUGCUGGAAGAAAUUUCGGAUUUAAAAAAAAAGUCUUUUAUCACAAAAUGCCAUAGUACAAAAGAAGGUGAGAUGAAAAUGCCUUUUUGGAAGAAUGGAUUAAAUACAUGCAUUUAUGAAUUUUGAAGAAAGAUAUCAAGCUGAAGAAGCCCAAUUUUAGAUGUCUGAGGAAUUUAAGAAAAUUUUGCUUUUGUAAUAUUUCAUGAGUCUUGUAUUGUUAUAGAACUGAAAAUAAAUGUUUCUUUGCUGAAGAAUCCACUCUGCUAUAUUAGUGUUCUUCCAUUAUGAUGUGCCUGAAAUUCCCUGGAAGCAAAGAAGUAUAGUAAAAGGUUUAAGAAGAGUGUAAUAGGACUUAUAUAUUCUGUUUAGUGAGUGAUAAUUACUUAUUCAUUAUGGAUUCAGCGGUGUAGUAUUUAAAUCCUGAAAUAUUUUUAUUGCAAGAUGUAAGAAGUAUCUACAUGAUAUAUAUGUGUUAAAUGAACUUUCAUUUUACCACUAGUAUUUGAUUUAUCAACAUUUUGUUUUGAAGAGCAAAAUAUACGUUUCAAUGGAUGAAGAACGGUACAAAGGACUCUUGAAGAUGAAACUCGAAAAUGUUUACAUCAAAAUGAAAAAUGACGACAUCUUAGGCAUAUAUAUAUUUUAAGUGAACUUUUAUUCUGAAAUUACAAUUUAUUUGGAUGGCUUGGUAGCAUUUAUAAUAUACAAAUUUUAAAGAAGUUGAUAUCAGUGGAAUACUAAGAUUAUUUUCAUGAUUUUGAUCAUUAAGUUUUCCUUUCUUUCAUUAUAGGAUGAAGUUUAUUGUAGCUCCUUUUGGUUCAUUAUUUAUAUAUUGCAGCGAACUUUCUUGUGACUUCUUAAAAUUAUGAACUUUAUUAAAUGGGAAUGAUGGAAAGGAAAUCUGCUGCAUUCUCAACCGCUUAGUUUUCCUGCCAUAAUUAAAACACCUGGCAGCAUGGCAGGGAUGUUGUUAUUUGAAGGGCGAGAGGGAGCAUGCCAAGGAAAAUCCCGAGGAUUUAGCUGAGGAGAGAUCUUCGGGGCCUUCCCUUUAAUUUAUUUUUCCCUUUUUAUUUUUUACACUAGGUAAACAUCAACAAUCUGGUUUGUCUUCUUUGCAAAGCAUUUGUUUGGAAGAAGGUAAGAAGAACUGCCUCUAACAAACAUCGUUGAGAUCACAUCUUCAAAUGUUUCAUCUCAAUUUAAGUGGAGCCAUUAGAGGAAUUUGCUGAGAAGACCAAAAGCAGCCGGCUGUUUUUGAAAAUGCAGCAUAUUCCUACAUGUCCAUAUUUUUUUUUCUCUAAGAAAGUGUUCAAUUACUGCUUUAAUUUCCUAAUUGGUAUUUUAUUGUUAUAAUUUAUUAACUGGAUUUCCAUUUCAUCAUGCUUAAUUUAAAUUUAUCUUAAUUACCUAAAGUAUUCUUAAUAUAGCAAUAUACGUUAUUUGUUAACAUUAGAAGCAUAAUCUGUUCUGAACCAUAAUUUAAAGAACUUCAAGCUUUUUACAUAAACUUAAUUAAAUAUAUUUAAAAAUUGCUUUAUUAAAUUCAGUAUUCAUCGUUCAAAGCUGACUUGAGAGCACAUCUUCAUGUUUAAUUACUUUAAAAAAAAAAAAAAAAAAAAACUUUCUCCUUUAUGUAAAAAAAUUUAUUUUCAAUAAUGUACUGUAAAAGUUAAAAGAUUUUAACCCAUUAUUUAAUUAUUAAAUUACUUUUUAUUGUGUGUAUACAGCAUUUUAAAAAAGGUGAAAUAUUUAUCUAUGAAUGAGCUUUCAUUGUUUUGUAAAAAUGUACAUAGUUAUAUAAAAAGAUUAUUGUUUAA